AUGAAACAUUAUUGGAACUGGUCCCUGUCCGCCACCACGCGAGGUCUGCACCGAGAUGGUCAAGAAAAAUAAAAUUAAAUCGCUGGAUAACGAUGACGAUGGGGGUGCUGAGGAGGAGGAGCCUGAUUUUAGUGACCCCGAAGACUUCGUGGAGGAUAUUACUGAAGAAGAACUUCUGGGAGAUUUGCUUCGCCAAAAGCCAAAGGAAACUGAUGGUGUGGAGUCUGUCAUCAUUGUUGAUGGUGUGCCAUCAGUUGGAGCAGAGAGGCUAGAGAAGCUGAAGAAUGUGGUUCGUAAGAUUUUCAAGGAGUUCGGCACCAUCAUCAACGAAUUCUAUCCCACAAAUGAAGAUGGCAAGACAAAAGGAUACAUCUUUCUUGAGUUUAAGGAUAGAGCUGCUGCUGAUGAGGCAGUCAGACAGCGCAACAACUACAAACUUGACAAGCAGCAUACUUUUCUGUGCAAUCUUUUCACUGAUUUUGACAAGUACGAAGAUAUUCCUGAAGAAUUUGUUGCGCCUGUACCCCAACCAUACAAAGAUAUGGGAAAUAUGAGUUACUAUCUGCUUGAUGAAAACUGCUUUGACCAGUUUUCAAUUAUCUAUGAUGGCGGUACUACUACUGCUAUUUACCUAAAUGCUGUUCCAGAAGCUAUAGAGGUAGCAAAGAGAGAGAGAUGGACGGAGACUUAUGUACGAUGGUCACCAAGGGGAACUUACCUGGCUACAUUUCAUGGUAAAGGUAUUGCUCUCUGGGGUGGAGAAGAAUUUCGUCAAGUUCAGAAGUUCAGUCAUCCAGGUGUUCAGUUCAUUGAUUUCUCUCCUUGUGAAAAGUACAUUGUGACUUUCUCACCACAUGUAGACCAACGAUCUGAAGAGCCUCAGUCUAUCAUUGUUUGGGAUGUUCGCUCAGGCCUGAAGAAACGAGCCUUUAAUGCUGAGAGACCACCAGUUUGGCCAGUAUUCAAGUGGUCUAAUGAUGACAAGUAUUUUGCAAGAAUUGGUGAAGAUGUUUUGAGUGUAUAUGAAACUCCAUCAUUUGGUUUACUGGACAAGAAGAGUAUCAAGGUUUUGGGAAUCAAGGACUUCAGUUGGUCUCCAACAGACAAUAUUUUGGCUUACUGGAUUGCUGAAGAUAAAGAUGUUCCUGCUAAAGUGUCGCUCGUCUCAAUUCCAAGCCGAGAAGAAACUCGUACCAAGAAUUUGUUUAAUGUGGCAGACUGCAAGAUGCACUGGCAAAAGUGUGGUGAUUACCUGUGUGUUAAGGUUGCCAGAUAUGCCAAGGCCAAACGUGAGAAGAAUGAAAUAAAGUACUCUGGUAUCUACUACAACUUUGAAAUUUUUCACAUGAGAGAGAAAGGCAUUCCGGUUGAUAGUUUAGAAAUAAAGGAAAAUAUACAGGCCUUUGCUUGGGAGCCAGUGAACAACAAGUUUGGUAUCAUCAGUGGUGAGCCUCCAACUGUAAAUGUAACAUUCUUCCAAGUCAACAAAGGCCAGGCUCCUUCAGAACUUAAGAAGCUAGAAAAACGUCCAUGCAACAACCUCUUCUGGUCACCUCAGGGUCAGUUUGUGGUGCUGGCUGGCCUGCGUAACAUGAGUGGUGCUUUGGAAUUUAUUGAUACCAAAGAUUUCCAGGUUAUGAUGAGCACAGAGCACUUCAUGGCCACUGACAUUGAAUGGGACCCAACAGGUCGCUAUGUUGCAUCUUGUGUCUCUUGGUGGGGACAUAAAGUAGACAAUGCAUACUGGUUGUGGUCUUUCCAAGGAAAAAUAUUGAAGCGCCAAACUGUGGACAAGUUUUGCCAGUUACUGUGGAGACCACGACCUCCAUCCCUUCUUACAGCACAGGAUAUAAAGGAUAUUAAGAAGAACAUGAAGAAAUAUACAGCCAGCUUUGAAGUGCAAGACAAAAUGCGAUACAGCAAAGCCAGUCGGGAAAUCAUUGAAAAACGUCAAAAGCAGAUGCUUACUUUCACUGAAUACCGACAGAAGAUGAUAGAGAAGUUUGAAGAUGAUAAAGAGCAAAGACUUUGUCUGCGUGGUGGACAAGACACUGAUACACUUACUUCAAACGAAAAUGACUUUGAGGAAGAAACUGUAGAGUUCUUAGUCAAGAAGGAAACGGUUAUAGUGGACGAGUAAUCGCCUGGAAGUCUUCAAUCCCUUGGCUAUCUCCGGUGCAGCCUCUGCAAUUGGUGGUGGUGGUGACGGAACCUUUCAAAGAUCAAAAGGCCGUUGUCACGAACUUUGUUGAUUAACUUUCUGCACAUUGGUGCAUGGCUGAAGGUAAAAGAUUUACUUAGGAAUAUACAAGUGAUUUACAAGGAAUUACUCUGGUGAGGACCCUUUAACUUGCCCUGUUUGAUACUGUGGUACUAGUGAAAGUGCUGCUGUUCAUGAGGUUCAUACAUCCGUGAUAUUGCUAGAACUAAAAAUUUGGAUUUUUAUAAAAAAUAAUAAAACCAUGUCAUUUUGGGCUUACUGGUGUGUCUUGUUGACUACGUUAUUGUAUUACAGUGGCUUAUUUCAUAUUCCAUUCAGGAAAAGUGUUGGCUUGGUUAUUAAAUUAUGUAUGAAAA